CGCCGGGCUCCGGGAGAAGGCGAUGGCCAUUGUUUCGCUCCGGGUUUCCCCCGCUUUCCUCCGGCGCUGAUUAGUGCAGCCGCGCGGGUGACCAGGCAGGCAAGAUGGCUGAGAUGGGCAAGGGAGUCACGGCGGGGAAAAUAGCCAGCAACAUGCAGAAGAAACUCACCCGCGCCCAGGAGAAGGUCUUACAGAAGCUCGGCAAAGCGGACGAAACAAAGGACGAGCAGUUUGAGCAGUGUGUGCAGAACUUCAACAAACAGCUGACAGAAGGCACCAAGCUGCAGAAGGAUCUCCGAACUUACCUGGCUUCCGUAAAAGCAAUGCACGAGGCCUCCAAGAAGCUGACGGAAUGCUUGCAGGAAGUGUAUGAACCGGAAUGGCCUGGGAGAGACGAUACCAACAAAAUAGCCGAGAACAAUGACCUGCUUUGGGUGGAUUUCCAUCAGAAGCUCGUGGAUCAGGCGCUUCUCACCAUGGACACUUACCUGGGCCAAUUCCCGGACAUCAAAUCUCGGAUCGCUAAGCGAGGGAGGAAGCUUGUGGAUUACGACAGCGCCAGACACCAUUUUGAAUCCCUACAAACUGCAAAGAAGAAAGACGAAACCAAAAUCGCCAAGCCUGUCUCGCUGCUUGAGAAAGCUGCGCCUCAGUGGUGCCAAGGAAAACUGCAAGCUCAUCUCGUUGCUCAAACUAAUCUGCUCCGAAAUCAGGCCGAAGAAGAGCUGGUGAAAGCUCAGAAGGUGUUUGAGGAGAUGAACCUCGAUCUGCAGGAGGAGCUGCCUUCGCUAUGGAAUAGUCGUGUUGGUUUCUAUGUCAACACAUUCCAGAGUAUAGCAGGCCUAGAAGAGAACUUCCAUAAAGAAAUGAGCAAGUUGAACCAAAACCUCAAUGAUGUCCUGACGAGCCUAGACAAGCAGUACUCGAGCAACGCCUUCCCCAUUAAAGCACAGCCAAGCGACAGUGCCCCUGCGAAAGCAAACAAAAGCCCCUCGCCUCCCCCCGACGGGACCCCCAUCACCAGCCCCGAGAUCAAGACUGUCAACCAUGAGCUGGAACCGUCCUCGUUGGAAACACCUGGGGCUGGCAUCCCUAAGUCACCGUCUCAGUUGCGGAAAGGCCCUCCGGUGCCGCCACCUCCAAAGCACACCCCCUCCAAGGAGAUCAAGCACGAGAACAUCAUCAGUCUGUUUGAUGACAAUUUUGUCCCCGAGAUAAGUGUGACCACCCCCUCGCAGUUUGAUGCCCCUGGGCCCUUCCAGGAGGGAGCCAGCCUGUUGGAUCUGGAUUUUGAUCCCAUUAAACCAGAUGCCAGCCCUGUGGGGAAGACACCCACUCCUGCCACUCAGUCUUUACCUUGGGAUUUAUGGGAGCCUGAAAAGACUUCCUCGAGCAGCGUGCAGUCCGUGGAUCCGUGUCUUGCUGACAACCCUAGUGAUAGCACAUUUGCUGUGGACUGGCCCAGCCAGUCCACAGAGACCCAGCCAACACAACCAGCAGAAACGGCUCCUGCCAGUGCCGAGCCGGCUGGGACCGAAGCACCUCCUGCUAGUGCCGAAGCAUCUGGGACAGAAGCGGCAGCUGGAGCUGAAGCACCUAAAACGGAAACUGACUCAGGAUCUGCUCCUACUUCCCUGCCUGCUGUCGUCGUGGAGACGUUCCCAGCCACCGUCAAUGGCACCGAGGAGGGCAGCGCCCCCUCCGAAAGGGCGGACAUGCCUCCGGGCUUCCUGUUUAAGGUUCAGGCCAUGCAUGACUAUGCGGCCACGGACAGCGACGAGCUGCCGCUGAAGGCUGGGGACGUGGUGCUGGUGAUUCCGUUCGACAACCCGGAUGAGCAGGAUGAAGGAUGGCUGAUGGGCGUGAAAGAGGCUGACUGGCUCCAGCAUAAGGAACUUGAUCAAAGUCGAGGGGUUUUCCCGGAGAAUUUCACAGAGCGGGUGCAGUGAGAGCCCGGAGCUGCCAGCUGAUUUUUCUGCCAGAAGAAAGCAAGUUUUCUGGGAGGUGUUUUAAAAACAAAAGAAAAGAGAAUUUUAAAGGAACAUGAGCCUAAAAAAAGUGUCAACUUAAAGGUUGGAUUCUUCUUAAAGAGCAAGGUUUUAGCAGUAAAAUGAAUUCAAAAGUGUUAUUAAAAUAUAUACGUAAUAAUAAGACAGGUCAAAUGCCCCUUUCCCACUUAUAUUUGGCAGCAUUUGAAUUCCAAGGCUGAUGCAGAAGUGGCUUAGCAUGGUACCUGUAAAUGCUGUGAUGGCUGAAUUUUGGGGAUGUCAGUCUGAUACCCGAACAGGAAAGCGCCAAGGCCUAGAUCUUCAAAGGCUCCUAACUGCCACUGAAAUCAAUUAAAGUUAGGAUCCUAAAUACCUUUGAGGAUCUGAGCCCAGCUGUCCCAUGCUCUGAGCCUGUCAGCAAAGGUACUCAUGGGUGGGUGGGUUCUGCAGUUUUGUGAUCUAGGUUGCUGGCAUGGCAUCCCUAAAGUUUCAGGCACUGCCCGUGUUACAACCUGUGAUAAGCCAAACGUCCUAUUCUGCUGUUGAAAAGACCUAUUUAGUGUACAGUGUUCACAAAUAUGAUUGUGUGUGUGUGUUUUGUUUUCUUCCUUUGAAGCUGUAACAUGAACUGUGAUUUUAUACGUUUAAAAGCAAACGCAAGAAGUUAUCAGGAAGAGUACAUAUUGGAGUGAAAUGUGUGCAGCUGGGCUCCGUCCAAAAUUCCUCCAGCUCGGAGCUGGACGAUCGCAGCAGCACACACCGCCCCGGGAAAUUUUCUUGAGGGAAAAUUGGGAAACUGACAAAUUAAAAAGAAAGGAAAAAAUGUGAAACUUUGGAUUUGUUUAAACUAGUUGUGAAAUAAUAAGAAUAAAAAAGCCUGUUAAUAAAGCGGAAAAGUUUAGAUUCAUGUAGGCAGGGAUGGUCUUGAAAUCUGGCUGUUUAGAAAGUGCAGUUUUAAGGAAGAGGGUGGGGGAAAAGAAAGGGUGAGACAGAAUAUCUGAGACAUACCACUGAGAAAACAACUCUGCUUUCUGUGUUUCCGGUUGUGCGCUUAUUUUUAUUUUCCUUUCUUGAAUUCUGCAUAUGAAGUAUCGUUAGACCUGCUUCCUCCAAUCCUGUGCUGGUGAACAAGUUGAAGUCAGAGAAAAGGGAACUGUUUGAAUACUUAUUUAAAAUUGCUGCAUGACUUUAUUAUAUUGUGAGGAGUUAGAAGAUGCGGGACUAUCACAUCGGCGACGUGGGGACGAUACUCCAGGUCCUAAUACUGACACUGGGCUUCCCCACCAUUCUUUGCUCCUGUUUGGUUCUGGGAGUUUGAAACUCCCCUGCAGCCUGCUUGCUUAAAAUAAAACAGCGGGUCUUACACGUGUCAGAGUCAACAGAUUAGAUUCCCCAGAGAUCCUAAAGUCCCAUGGAGGUACUUUAAAUGCUACUUGAAUGCUGCUCAAGCUGGCAAGCAGAUCUGAUCUUUUGUUUUUUUAAGGUCACACCCCCCUGCCCAAACUCCUCCUCCUUUUUGCCUUGACAGGGUUGGUAGAGUUGCAGCUACCUCCUCCAUACUUAGGACACUGUAUGAAAUAACACUCUCCCCUAACAUAAGCUGGCUUUAGCAAAGCAUGCAAAACGUUCUGGCACAGUUAAACUUCCCAAACAAACCCAUCUUUCUGAUCCUGCAUGUACAAUAUCAGGGGAAAAAAACCCUCUUGCAGGUCAAAAGGGUGUAUAUAUAUAUUUAAAGUUAAUGGUCAGCUUGUGAUCUCAGUGAUGCUGAUGUAAAUUCAGGAACACCGGAGUUACCCCAGAUUUACACAGUAGCGUAAUUAACACCAAUAGAGUCACUCUGGAUUCACACCGGGGUAACUGAGAUCAGAAUCUGGCCCAUGUCCUCAGAUUCUCUCCAUAUUUUAUCAUCAUGUGUGUGAUGCGGGGGAAUUGCGACAACUGAUAUUCCUUUAUCCUUUUCCUCCUGCCAGGCCCCCGUUCCAAAAACACAAGACUAUUCGAGAGUAACUGCUCACAGCACAGCUUUACCGUGAGCCAGCGCUGUAGAAUAUUAUCCCAUCGUUUUAAUCAGAGGUGCCUUGAGCAUCUUAACUAGCACGCUGCCCUUUCAAAAUCUCUAUUUUUAUGCCUUUGUAAACCCAGUUGCUCCUUCAAAGAACACUGUUAGGGAAAAUUUUUUUAGAGGGACAUCUAUCUAUCUAUCUAUAAAAAAGCGGCUUAACUUAGUUAACAGCAAGCUCUUGGCUUAAAUGUGCUUAUUUUUAUGCAGAACCCUGCAGACUAUUGGUUUUUUUAAAAAAAAAGAUAAGAUUAUAAGUACCAGAGUUAUAGUUUGUCUCCCAAGUAAUCGUUUUAUUAGUGACUAGCAUGUUAGGAAGCUGGACUAAUUUCUAAUUUAUUGUAUAUGGGGUUUUUUUUGGUCAUCUGCUGCGUUUGAACCAGACAGUUGUUACAAAAGAAAUCCUACUAAGGCCUUUUCAGUGUGUAGGGCUAACAAAACAACCGUCCGGUACUGUAUUGUCCCUGCAGAGCCUCUCCCCGAAAGGCGAUGUAGCGUUCAGCUCUGAUGAAUUCUGUUCCAGUGCUGCUUGAAGGGGAAAGUGCCUCUCCCUCUCUCGCCCUUUGCUCCUGAAGAAAGCUGCUCAGAGCAGACAGAAUGUACCACCCAGGCUCUAUGCCUCCCGGAUGGGCCUGGAUCCUGCAUUUCUCGCGCACACACAAACUCAGGGGGAGUAUUGAGGGCAUGAGGCCUGCAGGAUCAGAUUCAGGCAUUGUAAACUGCCCUGCGCAAAAAGCUCCAGCUUAUACUGCAGGAGGCAGGCCUUGAGCUCCUGGGCCAAAAUCAGUCCUGGUGUAAGCAGCUGCCACUCCGUUUAUUUUACUGAAGACACAACUGCCGUACCCCAGGGCUGGAUUUGAGCCUGUCAGGUGAAAAGAACCCACAGUCCACACUGGCUAGGAUGGAUCCCUGUAUAAAACGGGGCAAUAAAUUCCCUGACCCCGCUGGCUGCUAGAAUGGGACCGUUUUAGGGACUAUGCAUCAGAUGACCCCGAAAAAGCUGCUAUUUCACUGUCUGCGAAGCUGCUGUUGGAGAGUUUUGCUGAAUCAACAAUAAAGCAUUUCUCUCCCCACCUCUCCUCCCACCAGCGGCUUGGUUAGUUACGUGUUCCCCUCCAGCUUGAGUGUAGCCACCUUGCCUUGUCCCAGAGGGCUGCGGUCACACAGCCACUUGAUGACGAAGAAAUAAGGCAUCAUUCUCCUGUUCUUUCCUCCGUCUCCUUAGCAGGGUCCGCAAUCUGAGUCUGUUACCUGGCAUUCAGAGCGUAGGAUGCUACAACAAGCCCUAACCAGCUGUGGCUCCUACUUGCUCUCUGCCUUUUCCCUUGGCUAAAUGCCCUGUGCAUUUCUUCACUGGGCAGGCCAUCUAGCAAAGGAAAAGACUCCCGCAGCCCGGGCUUCAAGCACACUGAGCCAGUCUGCCCUGCUGUUUUCCCUAGUGGAAACCAAGCACCCAUCACUCAACCUGGCUUUCCCAUUUACGCAGGCUGUAAGUGGUGAUUUUUCUUUCCUCUCCCAGCUCUCCAAGGGCCUAAGCCAAAGCCUGGGGAAGUCAAGGGGUGUCUGGCCAUUGACUGGAGCUUUGGAUCAGGGCUCGAGUGUCUGUUGUCCUGGGCGGUAUCAGUUUACAGGGUGGGUUUAGUUUCAGAACAUCCACCUGAAUUAUAAAGGCUCAAAUUUGAGGGGAAAGCGAGGAGGGUAAGGAAGGGGGUUGGGAGAGGCAUAGAUCAUCUGUCAAUGAUUUCAGGUUGGUGUGGUGGUCGUCUUGGCAACAGGUCUCCCGGUUCAGGCCUAAGGAUGGGCGACAUGAAUCGCUAAGAUCCUUGAGAAUAAUAACUGCUGUAGACUCUUGCGCAGGGCAGUGUGGUCAGAGCCUCUCCUCGGGUUGGCCCUAAGAGGAAUCACAUGCGCUGGAGCACUCUCUCUUUUCUUUGCAAACCAGCAGUCACUCCCCUGAGUCACUAUCCUGGAUAUUUUAGGCACCACACGAUCCAGCCUAGAAGCUGCUCGGGUGCCGUCUACAACAUGCUCCACUCCUCCUGCCAUCAGGGGAGGCUCGGCCUCAGCACCUUGCAGGGAUAGCUCAGUGGUUUGAGCAUUGGCCUGCUAAACCCAGGAUGUGAGUUCAAUCCUUGAGGGGGCCAUUUAGGGAACUGGGUUAAAAAUCUGUCUGGGGAUUAGUCCUGCUUUGAGCAGCGGGUUGGACUAGAUGAUCUCCUGAGGUCUCUUCCAACCUUGAUAUUCUAUGAUUCUAGGAUGCGCAGAAUUGGGGCCCACAUGCUGCUGCUUGGUGCGAGUGGUUACUGCAGCUCCUCUCUUUUUCCAAAACAGACACUGCCAAGCCCCAGUCCUUGCUGCAGAACCCAGCAGCCACUGAGCUCCAUUGAGCAGCCUGCCAGCCGCCUCUGCAAUCGCUUGCGCAUUGCUAUGGGCGCCUGAGAGCUCCUGAGCACCCGCAGCUCUCAGCUGGUCAAUGCGCGGCACCUCCUUGCUGAAUUGUGCCAGAGUCGCAGCAAUGAAGCACGUGCUUAAGUCCCAUAUCAGUCAAAUGAAUCUUAGGCACUUGCUUAAGAACUUACCUGAGGUGACGGGGUCCUGCUGGCCAUAGUCAGCAUUGACCCAUUCCCCAUGCAUCACUGGAGCGACACCUGGGACAGAUUUGGCCAAUUGGAUGUAAAGUUUCCCCUUCCUUUCUGUGUUACGAAUGGCUCCUCCAGGGCUGACCAGGCAUUGGAGCAAAGGAGUGGGCAGGAGUGGAGGAAGCCAGCAAUGUUCCCCUGCAGCGCAGCUGGGAACGCAGCAGAGUUGUACAGACUUACCCCCAGUGCAAAGGCCUUCCAUGCCAGAGGAGCCCCUGCCUGCACCAAUGGGCCCGCUGCCAGAGUCGCACACUGAUUAGUGCUGGCCAUGGCCUAGCCAAUGCCGGGGAAGAACUAGGGAUCCCACCUGGCAGAGGCAGAAAGUUCCAGUUGGACCCUUUGGGCUUGGCUGCGUUUGCAUGGACGUGGCACCAUGGGUGGCUACAAACCCCAGUGCAGACGAGUCACAGUUCACAUGGCUGCACCCUGUCGGCAGGAGGGCUCUGUGCACCGGGGUAGCUACAGCGGUGGCUAAAAUCCCAGGGAGCAGCUACCUAACAAAGGGCCCAGAGCUGCAUCGGCUGCCCAGUCCAGUCUGCCAUGAACCAGGAAUGGCCUCUAUGAUUUCCCGGGCUGUUGCAGGGGGCGCUCUAGGAAUGCAGGCACAGAUUGAAUGUCCUGUCCCCUACACCCGUACAAAGUGAAUGCCGACCGCUGCCGAGGCAGGCUCCGCCACUGCCACUGGUGGUAGCAUUGUGUGCUCCCUGGGAGUGGAGUCCGUGACCACACAAGGCCACCAGGCCUAGCUCCUCCAAUGGGAGUUAGGAGCCUAAAUGCCUUUUGAGGAGCAACUUCUCUGAGUCUGAACUGGGGGGAGGUUUCAGAGGGAGAGAGAAUGCCCUGGGCUUGAGCUUUCCUGACCCAGUUGCCUCUGAACACGUGUCCAAUGGGAAGAGAGACCCUUGACUCCGCUCCGGCCCAGGGAAUUGCAGACAGAUGACAGCCAGGGGGAGGUGCUGCUUUUCCCGGUUGCUCCCAGGCUCUGAUGUACUGCGGGGGGUGUUGCAGGCUGCACCUUCCCAUCAGCCUGGAGCAUGAAGCUAGAAAACACCUGCGCUCCUCAUGUAGCGGGCAAGAUGCAAUGCAAUUAGAUUGGACUGAGGCCAGAAAAACAAAGAAAGCUGGCUGGGGGAGGCCCUUCCUUGUACUGCACGCCACACAUCCCAGAGAGCAGAGGUUCUCAACCCGGGGUCCCCUGAGGGGUCACAAGCAGGCUGAUGGGGGCCCACCGAAAUAAACCAGAAAGCAAGGCUGGCGUUAGACUGGCGGGGGCCCAGGGCAGAAAGCCACAGCCUGAGCCUGCUGUCCGGGGCUGAAGCCAAAGCCUGAGGGACUUAGUUUGGCUUGGGGCCCUAGGCUUGCUACCCGCUAACGCUGGCUCUGGUUUUUAAUGUACUGGCUAUGCAGAAAAAUAGUUACCGUGGUCUGGGGAGGGACGUUCUUACAGCACGUUGGGGAGGCCUCAGAGGUUGAGAACCCUGCCAUAGAUCAUUGCACACAUGGCAGGGGGGCAGCUGACUACACCUCACCCCUUCAGUUCUUGUGGAACAUAGUUCCUGAGUAACCAACCCCCUCCCCCCGCCCCCAUUCUCUGGAGUGGGGAGGCAGAUUUUGACAAUGGGGAAGCCCAGUGGAAAUGGCCACAUUUGGCUCGGAGACUUCAAAUGUAGCAUUUGACCCUUUCAGAGGUCUGAGUCUGUAUUCUACUGGGGGGUGGGGAGCGGGCAGGGACACCCCAAUGGCUGAGAAUGAAAUGAUUUCCCAUGGUGAGCGGGGGAGUGUUAUUAAACAAUGAGAUGGGGAAACUCCAGCUUUCAGGCUGUUCUGUACUGGCUUGUAUUUUAACUGGUCUGCUGGCUAGAAUUCCUUCCCGUUUUUCUAGCGUAUGCUGCUAACCCUGUCUCUUAGUCCGAGCUUCACUGAGGCAGCCAAUAUUUCAGGCUUGCCACAUGCAAGCCUUGGUUUCAUUCGGCUUCUCGUUCUCCGAGUCCUUUGGAACGGCUUUGAUGCUGUGCUGGCAACUUCGCGUCCGUCUGGUCAGUCAGUCUCUGAGUUUAACCCUGGUGACCUGAGCGAUGUUUGGUUUUUGGGUGGGUUUUUUUUUUUUUUUUUAAUUUUCGUUUUUGUCAUACGAAACCUGAACAAUUCCCGCUGUAUUCAGAGCUGUGACUCCCGGUGCCGGUGACAUGUACUAGACGACUUUGUCCCGUUUGUUUCUUGGCAAUGUUCAGCAAAUACAGUUUUGUGUCAUCCUACA